AUGUUUUCAUCUGCUCGUAGUCCUGCUAGAGACAGAAUCCGAGACUUGAAACCUGAUGAGGAUGCUAUCACGUUAUUGUCAUCUAGUGUUUUACCACCAUCUUACUCUUUCGAGGAUCUGUAUCAAGAGCUUGUCAACGGAGGACAGGAAGGCGAAGAUGAGGAGCUAGAAACCCUCGUCAUCCUUGCCAGCUGCUUGAAGGAAAAUUCGACCAUAUCUAAAAAAGCAGAUGAUGAUAUAUGGCAUGAGAAGCUUGAAGAUCAUUUAUCGAAGAAAUUGUUACCUGAUGGCAAGAUAUUCUCGCUAGAUAAGAUUGAUGAAGAGAGGAAGUCAGACAAAGUUCACAAAAUCAAGCAACAUAAAGAGAAAUAUAACCUCUGCAUAAUUUCGAUAGAGAAUCUACUUCGUAUAUCUUCAAAUAUAUCACAACCACCGAAGAACUCGACUCUUCUUUCUCUCAUCCCAUUCACUAGUACCAAUUAUGCCUGGACGACUUGCCAGUCUCAGCCAAUCGCCAUCACAAUACUCGAUAAAUAUGAAUCUUACGCAAAGUCUCCCGAGUUCUUGGUGAAUCAUCUCUUGAGGUCCUUUAUUCGUCUCAUAUUUUCCGAGGCCCCCACUCCCGAAUCCAUCACUGCAUCUUCCCGGAAAGCAUUUCCAUCAUCUGCACCACCCCGUCAUUUCGAUAUCCUCGAAUCCUCUCCUUCAAAACAACCUUGGAGGUCAACUAUUCCAUACACUAUACCCGUCUUACAAUGGAUCGUAGAUAUCAUUCCUCCGGAUCUUCUCCGUGCGCAAGCAUGGCCUCUAUUGACCACACCCAUUCUGAUACUCCUCGAUUCACCAUCAAACCCAAUUCGAAUCCACGCUCUUCGAAUCGUUCCCACGCUAUUUUCGAAAAUGGGUGACAAAUUGCUUCAACAAACAGGACUAGGCGAUGUCUUCGAGAAUACUAUCCACCCAGUUUUGUUAUUCUUACCAUCCACGACACCCGUCAAAGAAACAAUCCAAUUAUUGCCAGAAGGAUACAAAGCUUUGAAUGCACUUUGUAAUGCGAUUUGGCCUGAUAAAGGAGAUAGUGAGUCUUCUAACAGUGUGACCACCAUAGCCAUGAAGAAGCCCUCGAAACACAUCACCACCCCUUCUAAAUCACCAGCUCAGCUUCGUCUCGCAUUCCUUGACAGAAUAAUUCGCCAUGCUAUCCUUCCUGCUUACUUACACUGUCAAGAAAUACCUUCCGUAGUUGAAAUUGUGGUCGUACAAAUCGGUAUCAUCAUCCCGGAGAUGAGGAUUUCAGGUGUGAAACAUCUCAAGGAUAUAUUGCCUAUAUUGGUAAAUAUUCUGUCGAAUCCAUUCUUCCCAGAUACAUCUCCAUCUCUUGUUAUCAGUACGCUGAAGACACUCAAAGAGGUUAUUCUAGUCUUUUGGCCCCGCAUUAGUACCGAUGAGCAUCGAUUGGUUAUUAUAAGCGCCCUGACACUUCUUAACUGCCAUAUUUGUUCAAAGGGUGAUGAGAAAUCUGAGGAACAGAAAGAGCCAAGUUCGGAAAUAUUAAAUGAACUACUAGAGACGGGAAAAGUGUUUACAGCAGUGGUCCAACAGGCGGGGGAUGAAAAGGAACGGGAGAGUUUUGAGCGGGAGUUGACGAGGAUCAUCGAGACCGAUGGAACGCUGGCUAGAGUAUUUCCUAGAUGA